AGAGUACACUUGUCUUAGUGUCGUGGUUAGAACAGCAUACCACAUAUUCGGUGUUAUAGGCCUUUUAACGUUUUGAUAGUGCGCGUGUUCGCUGUUUUUGACUUCAGACUUCCGUUUACAUAUACCAUAUAUUCCAAAGUGAUCAUAAAUACCGAUCGAAGACGGAGUACAAUUUAAUAUAAUAUCUUUGUAAGUCGUUUUAAUAAAAUACAUCUAACGUGCACAUCGCGUAAAUAAAAUAGGGUAAAAAUAAAAAAGGUAAUUACGUAGUAUUAUUUUCCGUUUCGGCAUAUUUUUAUGUUUUAAUAACGCAAAUAAUACAAUAGAAAUAUACAUUAUCAUAAACCAUGGCUAUUAUAGACAAAUCAGUCUCGUUUUCCAUUGUAUUUUUAAUAAACUGCAUACUGUCCGUCAGAUCUGACAACUGUCAACCUCUCAUAGAUUUGAUCACUAACAACAAAUUAUACAUCCUAAAUUCAACGGAAGCAAUAACGUUUUUUCCAAUCGAUUUUAAAUUCAUAACGACCGACUAUGGUGGUGUCACUUGCUCGAGCGGUAAUUGUACUACGUCAAACGAAGUAAUGUACAAGAACAGAAGAACAGUAUCGCUUUCUGAUACAAAUUUGGCAAUAAGUGACGAAGACUUGUCCUUAGCUAUUUACACCAGUAUGGCCAGCAACACGCAGUUGAACGAUAUUAUAAGCGUUUUCCCCAACAGAUUUGUUGUAAAAUCACGCACCGAAAAAAAUACCUUUUUGGUUUACUCGACAGUGUUCGGUAUUAAUAUGGAUAUCCAUAAUCCGGGAUGCGAUCGAACAAAGUUUCAAUACAGGUCGAGAAUAGCAAAAAUAAAAGGAGUUGUGUGCAAGAUUCAUUUCCUAUCUGGCAUCAGAUAUGGCCUUGAUUGUGGCGAUAUCCUACUAUUUUUAAAUGCCAUAGAUGAGGAUGGUGCGCUUGAUCACGAAACGAAAUGCGAUCCUUAAAAAAAUAAUAAUAUAUUUUUCAUAACAACUUCACUUUCAAUCAGUGAGAAUAUACAACUAUAGUGAUGUCAACUAGGCAUUAUUUUUGUGAUCGUUGAUAGCGUAUGUCGUUUAGGAUGUCAAACAAUGCAUUUAGAGUCAAACUAAAACGAAUCCUAGUUAUUUUUUAAAUUGUUUUUAAAUAAUAAAAUAAUUAUUAAAUUACAACACUAAUUGUUAUUUUUAAUUGUUGAUGCGUAUUCGAUAUUUUCUCAUAAGCAAUAUAUAAAAUGUAUUAAUUUGUGUUAGAUUAUACGUUAUAUUUUAAGUAUUUAGGUAU